UGAUUGCUGAUGGUUGGAAUGGAAAAUCGUACUUUUAGGAUUUUAUUUUUCUUCUAGAGAAGAGUUCUUAUUGUGGACUUUUAACCAUCAGAACCUCAGAUGGAGGGCUCUGACAAUUCUAAUGUAGGUUGUGCCCAAGAGACUCUAUUGGUGACUCCAUAUUAUACUCCAUAUACGAAGCAGAUAUUGUCUAAGUCUGGCCUUCAACCUGUCAAUGUGGACUUUUCACCUAGCUCAGGUGGUGAUAGCUCUGUGGCUUCUAUGAAAGAGGGUUCUGGAUCAUCUUCCUCAUCAUCCUCAGAUUCAGAACAUGAAUCUCUUAUCCAGUUCCCUGAUAUGGAGCAACAAAUUCAGAUUUCUGGGCAGGAAAAAACAGAUGAUGUAUUGUGGGAAAGUGAGAAUAGAAGUUAUGAUAAAUUGCUUAGAGAAUUCAUUCAAAAAGAGGAAGAGCUUAAAGUUUCCAAUUCUAAACUUAAGCUCUCAGAAGAAGAAAUUAACAAGUUGAAGGUUCAAAUUGAAGAAAGUGAGGAUCGGCUUAAUAACGUGCGGAAAGAAUUAAAAGUAAAAGAGGAAAAUCUUGAAUAUGAAAAAGGACAGGUACUGGAGUUGCAAAAACAGACAGCUGUUUUGGAAACUCAUGUUCCUGAUUGUUGCUACAAGAUUGCAAAUUUGGUGGAAAAGCUGGAGGUAGCUGAAGAACAGCUUAAGAUAUCAAAUGAUGAAAUUGCAAGAUUAAAAGAGGAACUUAAUAGUAUGUCAGCUGGUACUGGUGAGUUGGAAGGUCAGCUUGAAGUAGCAAAGGAAAAUGUGUCCACAUUAGAAUGUCAACUUGAUUCAGAGAGAAAGCGGAUUCAGGACCUAGAAGACAGGAUUACAGGGUACAAAGCUAAUGAAUCCAGCCAUGAACUUGAGGUGCAACAAUUGAAGGCUGAAAUGCUUGAUGCUCAAGCACAGUUUUCAUUAGAGAAAGAUCAGAUGCAUUCUGUUAUUGUGUGUUUGUCAGAAGAGAAAAUAGAGCAGGGUUCUAGACUCAAGGAAUAUGAGUCUAGAACCAACCUAUUAGAAAACAAAUUAAGGCAAUUUGAAGCAGAAAAAUUGCAACUAGAAGAGCUGCUUGCUACUCAACAAAUGGUUUUGCAAGGUCAAAUCAGUUGUUUAAACGAAGAACUUGAUCAGAAAAGACAUGAUGCUGAAGCUGUGAAUAAGGAAUUCGACAGGCAUAAGCAGAAAUAUGACAUGCUCAUGACUGAAAGAGAUGAGACCAAUGCUAAGAUUCAUAAACUCAUGGCUGAGGCAAGUUUCCGAGACGAUCAAAUUGCAAAUAUGGAGAGAGAGCUAUUCCAGCUACGCGGACAAAAGGCCGAACUGAUCUCGGGAUCUGUAACUACACUGAAUCUUGUGAAUGAGUUGAAACUGAAAGUGGAAGAACUUGAAAAAGAGGUUACUCGACAGAGUGCUGUGAUCUCAGAUAGGGCAGAGGAGAAGAGGGAGGCAAUUCGACAACUCUGCUUUUCACUUGAGCACUAUAGGAGUGGAUAUAAAGAACUUCUUCAAGCAUUUUCUGAGCACAAGCGUCAUGCUGUUACAGCUUCCUAAAGUUACUUCACUUAUGUCUCAUCGUUUUAUAUUGUGUUGUAGAUCUUUGCAUAUUUUCAAUUUUGUAUGUUUUUUCUCUUAUUACUGC